ACCUUGAACAGCCGUAAAGCCGACGAAAUACCUCUUCAUAACAACUACUCUACCGGUUCAUCUUCUAGGGUUUCGCUUUCUUAUGCGUAAAGCAACAUGGAAUUCAACGAUGCUGAUUUCAGGCCUGAACCUGGACAAGGAAGAAUCGUCGACACAUUGAAUUCUAGGGUUUCUACUUUUCCAAUCGGCGAUGAAACAACUUCUGCAGUUUCAAUUUCCCAACUGGGCUGCGGAGCACUUAAGAACAGCGAACGUCCUGGUUUUCUGGAUGAGCAAACUACCAGAACCAAAGACUGUGGUAUGCCAGCUCAGCCAGCAAGGCUAAAUGAUGAAUGUUGUGACGAAAAGUCUGAGGCAUUAAAUCUCAAGGCAUUUGAUCACACGAGUCAGGGAAACAAUGUGAUGACAAAUUCUCUAAGCCAACACAUGGCCGAAACUGAAGGGUCUAUUACUAAAUCAUCAUCUGAAAGGGCACAGGUCGAAACCGAUGAGAACUGUGUUCCUGUCGAUGAACAAUCGGCCAAACAUGAAUAUUGUGACACAGGAUCACCUGAAAGCAUUGGGGAUAAGGGUGGUGAUGAUGACUCGAGUAACAGUCGUAAGAUAUUAGGAAAAUACUUCUUUUACGAUCCACCGCUUUCUGAAGAAACUGGAGUCUGGAUACCUGUUUCGGUUCCUCCUAUGUCAGAGAGUGAACAUGAAGAAUGGAGCAGAGGGUUCUCCUCAGUUGGGGGAACCUUCCCUGAUGGAGACAUAGAAUGGCUUAACUUUCUGGAGAAAGACAAGGAACUGACCAUGUGGGAUGUGGUAGUUGAAAUGCUACUAGCAGCUCGUGGAAAAGUGAAUUCUUUGGCAUCGGGUGAUAACGUUUCAUGGAUAUCUAGGCACCUAAUUGAUCAAGCUUGGAAAGAGAUGGCCCAAACUCUUACAGAGGCCAAUUUUGGUAAUGUCCAGGAAAUCCUUGAAACAGAACCUCCUAAAUGGUUGCCUGAUAGUUCUGCCUCUGCUUGUAUGCUGUGUAAUGUGAGGUUUCACCCCAUCAUGUGCACCAGGCAUCACUGCCGGUUUUGUGGAGGAAUUUUCUGCAGUGAGUGUACUAAAGGAAGAAGCUUGUUGCCUGUAAAAUUCCGCAUUGCUGAGACAGAACGAGUCUGUGAUGUGUGUUUUGUGCGUCUUGAGACUGUCCAGCCAUACUUAAUGGAUCAAGUGAGCCGUGCUUCACAAUUGCCAACUCAUGAUCUCACAGAUCUAAGCACUUUAAGAUCCUGGUUGAAUUUCCCUUGGGGGCAGUCCAUGGAGUAUGAGAUAUACAAAGCCACAAACACGAUUCAAGGAUAUAGCAAGGUUGGUUCUUUGAGACCUGAGAAGUCAAUUCCUGAUGUCAUCUUAAGGCAUGCUAAGGGCUUCGCGAUACUUACUAUAGUGAAGGUAGGUAUGAUGGUCACCUACAAUAUUGGCACUGGAUUGGUGAUUGCUCGCAGGGAAGAUGGCUCCUGGUCUCCGCCCUCUGCUAUAUCUACUAUUGGUGUUGGAUGGGGUGCUCAGGCUGGAGGUGAAUUUGCAGACUUAAUAAUUGUUUUGAGAUCAGAAGAAGCUGUGAAAACUUUCAGCAGUGACGUUCAUGUUUCAUUUGGAGCCGGGUUAAGUGCAGCUAUUGGUAUUGUUGGACGAACAGCUGAAGCAGAUGUACGAGCUGGAACUGGUGGCUAUGCUGCGUGUUAUACAUACAGCUGUACAAAAGGAGCAUUUAUUGGAUGUUCAUUGGAAGGGAGUGUGGUGACAACACGUAUGCAUGAAAACUCCCGAUUCUACGGAAAACAGUUGAUAAGUGCACCAGAAAUUCUCCUUGGUUCAUUGCCUAAGCCUCCAGCCGCUGCAACUCUCUAUCGUGCUCUGGCUGAUAUAUAUCACAAGGUUGAGAUAUGAUAUUAUAUUCAUGUUGCUGAAUAAAAAGUUUACCUGUAAAUUGAUUCAAGUAAAUAGACAAUUAUCUGUACAGUAGUAACACAUGUUUGUAUAUAAGGCUGUAAAAUUUACUGCAUAUAUUUGGUAUAAAGUUCUUGCGGUUAA